AUUUCAGAUCAAUGUAAACAUUCAUCAUAUGCAUUUUGGUCAUGGGAAAAUUUAAGUCGUCAAUUAUCUCCAUCAUCUUGUCCUACAAAUUUAACUAAUUUAACCUCAUCCAAUGCGAAGCAACCAUAUCUUUACCAACAACAAUACUCGUCUUCAAAAUACUACUAUGUUGUUUUCUAUGAAGAUUAUCAAUCGUUAAAUAUUAAACUCGACUAUAUAAAAAUUACAAAUUUAGCGGGAAUUGCGAUUACAGACAUCACCAAAGAUUCGAAAGAUUUACAAUUGACGAAUUUUAUUUUGGGAAUUCCACCAGAUAACCCUUCACAAUCUUCGCCCAAUACAGGCGUAAUAGUGGGUUGUAUAAUAGGCUCCAUUGUUUUUGUUAGCGCAUUAGUAGCUGUUGGCAUCAUAUUGUAUCGAAGAAGACACGGAACAAACUUGUCUAAUUCACUUAAAGAUACAAAUAAUCAGGCUUACUCCGAUAUAAAUCCUCAGCUUUAUUCGGGUAUAAAUCGUCAG